AUUAAAUAGUGCUAAUACAAUGAAACAUGCCAAAUAUCCUCUGGCUUUGAUUUUGCUUGGGCUCUCUCAUUUUCUGUUGGUAACGAACAAAGAGUUUUGCCAUGAUGGCCUGUCCCCACACAUUUAUCUCGACAUGGGUGCCAAAGGUUACAUAUCACAUGAAAAUCUGCCGCAGACUGACGCCGUGGAAGAAAGGGGCAGGAGUGUACACUGUGAGGUUCAAAUUGUUGCCUGCCGGAUCUGUGUUAUUGUAUUAAAGAUCAAAAAUCUUACUGAAGUGUCGAAUGAAGGUGGUAAAGAUUGUAUGCAAAAUGUAGUCCAGGUUCGAGAACACAAUAUGUUAAUUCGAACCUAUCAAAUUAAAAAUACAUCGUUUUCCGACAAUGUACAAACGUUCAGAUCUGAAACAAGGUACUUGACUCUGAAUUUGGGAAAUUCUCUCAAUUUCAGCAUGCAUACUUUUAGAAUCGAGUAUAAAGCUGAAAGAAAUGUCAACUAUUAUCAGGGUUUACCAGGCAAACAUAACAUCACAUACGGCGGUGUAAUAAAAUCACCGUAUUUCCCAUCAUACUUUCCUAGAGACAUAGAAGUGGAAUAUGUAAUCAGUUGUGAACGAAAGGAUCAAGUUUGCAGGAUCAAGUUGUUAUUCACCGAUUUUCUUGUAUCAGAAGAGUCGUCUUUUCAGUUUUAUGAGUGGACUGGGCGUGCUAUCCGGGUAAGGUAUGGCACAAUGCCGAGGCCACCAGUCAUCGUGAGCUCUGGGCCUUCACUCCUUGUUAAAUUUUUUGGCAACCGAGCGACCGGCUUGGGUUACAAAGCAAAUUUUUAUUAUGUCACAGGGAAACCAGAUGUUAACUCCUUAAUUCCAGUUACAGAUUGUGGAGGAGAAAUUGAAAAUGUUGGUGGUGGUAUUACCAUGUUAAACAUGGUUGAGGGCAAAGAGGAAAAGAGUUUUGACUGUGUUUGGAUCAUAAAGCCAUAUAAGAACUUUUUAGCGAGCAAGCUCAGCCUUUUUUUAAAGGUCCUCACAUUUAAAAAUUUCCCUAGCGCGCAACUGAAAAUUUACGAGGGACAAACUUCAAGCGGAAAAUUGAUUGACAUAAUAACAUCAGAUCAAACAAAUAGACAAAGCGUGGAGCACACUGCUUUAGGUGCUUCAGGAUUUUAUAUUUCUCUACAGGCAACUUUUACAAAUACUUCUCAUUUGGCAAUUUCGUACGCAACAUUUUCUCAGAAAGUGUGCUACAUGGGGCCUGAAUUUCUUUGCAAAAACAAAAAAUGUAUCGGUCGACAGCUUUAUUGCGACGGGUUUGAUCAUUGUGGAGACAAUAGUGAUGAACCUGAUAUCUGUUCAAAAGAGUGGCAGGCAGAACCAUCAGAUCGGACUUUGUACGCUCACAUCCCAAAUUACUAUUUUCCAAGAGGUGACCGCUACAUUGACUUUAAAGUGGCAGCAUUAAUAUUUACGUUAAGCCUUGCAUUCUUGAUUGGAGGUCUUGUGAUUUUGUUAUACCGGAUGGGCGUACGAGCAAGGCAUCAGCGCGAACGGCACAGCCGUCUUCAAACUAUCAGCGAUCUGUUCAAUGACGGUGAAGAAGUCGAAGUGGAAAUUCCUGAUGAUCCUCCCACAUAUGAGGCACCUCCGAGUUAUGAUGAUAUAACAAAUCAAGAAAAAAAUCCUAGAAGGAAUGCGAGCAAUUCUUGUCAAAAGUGUCAACGUUUGGAAGUUAAAUUACCAAAAUCCAAAGCUCCAGAUUCCCCACCACCCCCAUAUUCCUGUAAAUCACACAAGGAUAAAGUGACUGAAAGUACUUCCCUUAUGGUGAAUAGGACAAAAGGGAAAAAUACUUUUUCUCAUGAUGACCCACAGCCGGGCUCAUCUGGAAACAAAACAAGUUCAACAUCGGCGGAAAGCAGCGGUGAAGGCCCAUCAAUAGUUUCUGGUAUAAAGCAGCUCUAUGACUUUCAUAUACUCUGGAACUUGUUUCCCAGGAGGGUCAAUCAUUCGAAAGAUCUCUGGAAAAUUGUGCAGUGCAGCUGCGAAGGGGCGUGUGGCUGUGGAUCAAAAUUCAUUGAUAAAACGGGACAUUCACAACUUGCUGCUACUUGGUCUCCGGCUAUGACUAAAUUUGAAGCGAUUGAUUUGAUUUUGAACCAGUUUCAGUGCAAAAUCCAGGCAAAGAAUGAAAAUGCUAAAAAGCAUUGUAAUUUGAAAGGGAGUGCUUCAGCAGACAAUUUAUUCUCUAUGAACAACUGAUAUUUAUUAAAAAUUUAUUUUAUGAAUCUCAUAAAAAUUAGUCAAUAGAAAAUAAUUAUUUGGU